GGAUGUUGCUCUCGGGUUCGUGUUGGAAGCUCAGCUGAUGCAGGCCGGCUGUUGGGAACGUCAAAGCCGCGAAGAGGCGCGUUGCCACUGCCGCCGAAGUAGUUGCGGCCUGCAUCCGGGUAAGACCAUGAAUUAUGGCAUUUCUUAAUGAAGCAUUCAGGAAUGAAGUGAAAGUCAUAACAGAUAGAGAAAAAAAGUGAUUUUUAAGUUAUGUCUAUUAAUUUGACUAUAGAUAUAUAUAUUUACCUCCUUAGUAAUGCGCGAAGUCUUUGUGGGAAGCAGAAAAGCAAGCAACUACAUUUCUUGUCCUCACCUAAAUAUUACUGGAAGAUAAGCCACAUCAGUCUACAAAGAGGUUUUCAUACAAGCAAAAUAAGAUGUAAAUGGACCAAAAGUGAAGCACAUUCUUGCAGUAAGCACUGUUACUCUUCAAGCAACAAUGGUUUACAUAUUGGAAUUUUGAAACUUAGCACUUCUGCUCCCAAGGGACUUACAAAAGUGAGCAUUCGUAUGUCCCGUAUUAAAAGUACUUUGAACUCUGUUUCCAAGGCUGUUUUUGGAAAUCAGAAUGAAAUGAUCUCACGUUUAGCUCAAUUUAAGCCAAGCUCUAAAAUAUUAAGAAAAGUAUCAGAUGGUGGCUGGUUAAAUCAGAAAAACGUUAAACAAACCAUCAAAUCUCUGAAAAACUAUAGUGACAAAUCACCAGAAAAGAGUUCUGUUCUAGAAAAGCAAAGUCACAUUAUAGAUAAAGGCAAAGAUACUGGUAAACAAAGCCCUUUUCAUUACACAAAUAUUAUAACUACAAAAUUUGGAGAGUCAUUCUACUUUUUAUCCAAUCAUAUUAAUUCGUACUUCAAACGUGAGGAGAAAAUGUUUCAAAAAAAGGAAAACAAACAUUUCCAGGACAAAUCAAAACUUGAAGAUAAAAAGGGUGAAGAAGAGAAAUCCAGUUCUCCAGAUCCUGGUGUGCUGACUGAUGAUAAACUAGGCUCAGAAUCUUCUUCAUAUACUGUGGAUAAGCCUGAAAGUCCCAGUGGAACACCUGAAGUUCUUCCAGUUUCUACUAAACAAAGUAUUGCUAACUUUCUUUCUCGUCCCACUGAAGGUGUACAAGCUUUAGUAGGUGGUUAUAUUGGUGGACUUGUCCCCAAAUUAAAGUAUGAUUCAAAGAGUCAGUCACAAGAACAGGAAGAAACCACCAAAGCUGAGCAGGCUGACAAUAAAGACAAAAAUGCAGAGGAGAAAAAGCGUUUAUCUCUUCAGCGAGAAAAGAUUAUUGCAAGAGUGAGUAUUGAUAACAGAACCCGGGCAUUAGUUCAGGCAUUAAGAAGAACAACUGACCCCAAACUCUGCAUUAAUAGGGUUGAAGAACUGACUUUUCAUCUUCUAGAAUUUCCUGAAGGAAAAGGAGUGGCUGUCAAGGAGAAAAUUAUUCCAUAUUUAUUACGAUUGCGACAAAUUAAGGAUGAAACUCUUCAGGCUGCAGUUAGAGAAAUUUUGGCUUUAAUUGGCUACGUGGAUCCAGUGAAAGGAAGAGGAAUCCGAAUUCUCACAAUUGAUGGUGGAGGAACAAGGGGUUUGGUUGCUCUUCAGACACUGCGAAAAUUAGUUGAACUUACUCAGAAGCCAGUUCACCAGCUGUUUGAUUACAUUUGUGGUGUAAGCACAGGUGCUAUAUUGGCAUUCAUGUUGGGAUUAUUUCAUAUGCCUCUGGAUGAAUGUGAGGAACUUUAUCGAAAAUUAGGAACAGAUGUGUUUUCACAAAAUGUCAUUGUUGGAACAGUCAAAAUGAGUUGGAGCCAUGCAUUUUAUGACAGUCAAACAUGGGAAAAUAUUCUUAAGGAUAGAAUGGGAUCUUCACUAAUGAUUGAAACAGCAAGAAACCCCACAUGUCCUAAGGUAGCUGCAGUAAGUACCAUAGUAAACAGAGGAAUAACGCCAAAAGCUUUUGUAUUCAGAAACUAUGGUCAUUUUCCUGGCGUCAACUCUCACUAUUUGGGAGGCUGUCAGUACAAAAUGUGGCAGGCCAUUAGAGCCUCAUCUGCUGCUCCAGGCUACUUUGCAGAGUAUGCAUUGGGAAAUGAUCUUCAUCAGGAUGGAGGUUUGCUUCUGAAUAACCCUUCAGCAUUAGCAAUGCAUGAGUGUAAAUGUCUCUGGCCAGACGUCCCAUUAGAGUGCAUAGUGUCCCUAGGCACUGGACGUUAUGAGAGUGAUGUGAGAAACACCAUGACGUAUACAAGCUUGAAAACCAAACUAUCUAAUGUUAUCAACAGUGCAACAGAUACAGAAGAAGUCCAUAUAAUGCUUGAUGGUCUGUUACCUCCUGACACCUAUUUUCGAUUCAAUCCUGUAAUGUGUGAAAACAUACCUCUAGAUGAAAGUCGAAAUGAAAAGCUGGAUCAACUGCAGUUGGAAGGGUUGAAAUACAUAGAAAGAAAUGAAGAAAAAAUGAAAAAACUUGCAAAAAUAUUAAGUCAAGAAAAAACAACUCUGCAGAAAAUUAAUGAUUGGAUAAAACUAAAAACUGACAUGUAUGAAGGCUUUUCAUUCUUUUCAAAAUUGUGAUGAGUGUGUAUAUUCUCAUAAAUGGAGGUCUGUUCAGAAGAUCCACCAAAUUCAGUGAGGAAUCAGAGGGCUCAACACGAGUUAACUUUGAAAUACUUAUGAAUCCUGGGGAAUCCUGAAAAAGAUGGUGCUUGGACCAGCUUGCACAGCACAGGAUAUACUUGGUUACAGAACUUAUAAGAGAAUUAGGUUUUCAUGAUGUUAAUAAUUAGCUAUGCUUUAGGAAUCUUAUUAAUUAUUGUUCUAGUUGGUUGUAGUAGAUAUUGGUGUUAUAUUGUUUGAUGUUUGAAAAUUUAUUAAUAUAUGUGCCAAACAAGAACUGAAAAAAUAUCAUAUACUUGAUAUUUUUGCUUUAGUCACCAUAAUCAUGUUGAAUUUAUUUGAUUAUUGAUUUUCUUCCAUGUGGAAAAUCUAAUUUCUUUUUAAAUUUACAUCGCAUGUGUUCACGAACUAUACUCUGCAAUCCAAAUGUUGCCUUUUACUGUAUAUCAUUUAAACACAUACAGAAAAGUGGAAUUUUCUCUGUCAGAGGACUCUUAUGUUGGAAAUAAGAAAGAACCAGAUACAGUUUUCUAUUUAAACGUGUUUAUUUCAACAUUGUUUGAUUUAAAAUCAUAGAUGAGGUUCAGUCAAUCACUUUCUACCCUUUAAAUUUCAGGAUAAUGCUGUGUAUUACCUUUUCUAGCUCUAGCUUAUUAUUCAUAAAAUUAAUUACUUGAAUUUACUAAGAAAAUAUCACUAUCAUUAACAAAAAUAAACUUUUAAAUAAUUUAUUGUUAAAAGACUAAUGUCAUUUUAAGAUUAUUUAUUGUUCAUAAUGUAGCUCUCUAUCUCUUUGUAGCAUUUGAAUAUACCUGUGUCAAGAGUGUGCUUAAAAAAAUAAGUUAGGCUUGUUUUACCAUAUUAACUUCUUUAACUUUCAGGGUUUCACAGAGGUUAAUAACAUAAACCAACUCAAAUAAUUGUUUAUGCCAUCCAAAUUCAUCUUUGUUGUAUUAUCUGUUUUGUUAAUCCUUACAUCAUGUUUAGAUUUGUCAAGAAAAUGAAAAAAGGUAAGUGUCUUUUGCUUUGUACAUAUAAACUAAAGCUAAAACCCCUAUUGCCCAUAUUGUCAUAUUGCUUCUUUGCAAUGCUGAUUCAUAGAGUAUGGUAUGGUUCAGUGAGUGCCAAGGGGAGGCGAGAGUCUGAAUGCUAAUCCUGGCUCUGAGGCUGUGAUACGGAGUCCUAUUUGUGACCUGGAGGAGCUAGCAGACAACCUGUCUGGGUUUCAGAUAUUUCAUUUGUAAAGUGAAGAAAGCUAGCUCUAAAGUUUUAUUUACUUUUUUUAUGGUAACCUAAAAAGUAAAUUGUGCAAAGGAACAAGCAAAAGAUAAGAGAUGUGAAAAUGAAUUUUCAGUCCUACACAAGUAAAAUAUCUGUUCUUUUUAAAGAAGCAGAGUCUAUCUUAGAAAUAAAAUGUAAUAAAUUCUCCAACUCAUCAAUUAUAUAAAAAUAUAGAGAAUGAAGAUUGUUAUCUCUGUAAUAAAUGGCAUGCUGGUGAUAUUUCAGUUCUGUUCUUGCUGCAGAUAUUAUUCUUUAUUAAAAAUAGUACCUCAGAUAGAGUUGUCCCUGGAGGCAUAUGGGCUGGCUGGGAUUUCCCCUUGGGAUGGAGAGAGCCCAGCCUGGGUUAUAAUUUCCCUAUGCGCUUCCUCCUUUCCCAAACCGAAUUUUAUUCAGGAGAAAGUGGAUAUCAAAGGAAUCUUCUGAGUGGGGAAGGAAGCCACAAAAAGUCAGUCUGCAGUCUGAGGGGAUAGAGGAGGAUCUUCCAACUUUGUUUUGGUAGUACGAUGAGGGACUCCCUUUUAGCUCCCCCUCACUCAGCAGCUGCUGACAGCUGUGCCUCCUUUUCACUUAUAGAACUGCUAAUUGCUGAAGUAGCUAGGACCCCUAGAGUUCAAAGCUCAAAAUUUUACCUAACUUGCUAUACUCUAGAAAUAACUCUAUUCACAGUUUUAAAUGUUUCUUAAGUAUUAGUGCUAGUAAUGUGAUGAAAAACAUUGAUUUUUAACAUCCAAAUUGUAGUUUUGAGAUGCAGUAUAAAGAUGAAGGUACCAAUGAUUUCUAAAGAUAAUGUAAAAUAAUCCUUUCAGACAACAAAUAUUACAUAUUUGUAUGCAGCUAGAAAAACUUGUAAACGUAAGAAAAAUACAAAUCAUUGGAAGUUAAAAUAUUUCUGGGUAUUCUUUGUAAUAAGCCAAAUUUCAUGCACAAUAAAGUGAUAUUUAGUGCA